AUGAAGCUGUACCUCCCGCUGGCACUCGUCGCGGCGGUCGCGGUCGCCCAAGACUUUGACGCGCAGGCCGAGGCCAUCGUCGCCAAGAUGACGCCAUCGCAGUGGAUCGGCCAAAUGGCCCAAGCCAACAUCGGCGUCAUCCUCGGCUCGGACGGUCAGCUCAGCGUCAACGCCGUCACGCAGUGCGCCAAAGCCGGCGUCGGUUCGUUCCUCAACGGCGCGAUGCCGGCGGCCAAGUGGCGCGCCAUGAUCACGCAGAUCCAAGCCAUUUACAAGGCCAACAACGCGCCGCCCGCGCUCUACGGCCUCGACAGCGUCCACGGCGCCAACUACGUCAACGACGCUAUUCUGUCGCCGCAGCAGAUCAAUAAGGGCGCGACGUUCAACGCCAAGAUCGUCCAAGACUCGGCGUUCAUCACAGCGCGCGACACGUCGGCGGGCGGCGUCAACUGGGUCUUUGCGCCGGGUCUUGACGUCACCAACCACAAGCGCUGGUCGCGCGUGUACGAGACGUUCGGCGAGGACCCGUACUUGGCGUCCGAGCUUGGAAUUGCCGCCGUCAACGGCAUCCAGUCCGUGCCGGGGGUUGCGGCCGCCGUCAAGCACUUUAUCGGGUACGGCGCCACAUCCUCGGGCGACGACCGCGCGCCGGCCUACCUGGACGACUACCAGCUGCUCAACUACCACGCGCCGCCGUUCAUUGCGGCCAUCCAGAGCGCCAACGCGCUCUCGGUCAUGGCGAGCUACGUCUCGGUCAACGGCGUGCCCAUGGUCGCCAACAGCCGCUUGACCAACGACUUGCUCCGGAGCGACAUUGGCUUCAACGGGCUGCUGCUCACCGACUGGGAAGACAUUUACAACCUCAACUACGUCCACAAGCUCGUGAGCAACAACCAAGACGCGGUCGCCAUGUCCAUGUCCAAGUCGUCUGUGGACAUGAGCAUGAUUCCCAACGACCUGAGCUUCAUCGGAUACGCGCAAAAUCUUUUGAACGCCGGCACGAUUGCAGCGUCGCGGUACCGUGCGUCGGCCAAGCGCAUCAUCAAGAUGAAGCUGCAGCUCGGCUUGUUCGAGACGCCCGUGCCCGGCGCCAACAACGUCAACCUCGUGGGCGGGGCGUCCGACCGUCAAGCGUCGCUCGAGCUCGCGCGCGAGUCGAUCGUGCUGCUCAAGAACAAGGACAGAGUGUUGCCGAUCCGCAGCAACGCGAGUGUGUUUGUCACGGGCCCGGCCCACGACAACAUUGGCUACCUCUGCGGCGGCUGGACGUGGGAGUGGCAGGGCGUCUCCGGAAACGCCAAGUUCCCCGGCAGCCAAAGUGUGCUAUCGGCGUUCCAAAGCCUCGUCGCCGCCAACGGCGGCAAGGUCACGUCGCUUCAGGGCGUCGACAUCAACGGUGGCACGACCGACUCACUCGCCGACGCCAAGGCCAAGGCCGGCGCGGCCGACUACACGGUCAUCGUCGUGGGCGAGACGCCGUACGCGGAAAUGGUCGGCAACGUUCCUGACGCAGCGCUGCCGGCCGGCCAGCUCCAGUACAUUCGCGACAUUGCCUCCACCGGCACCAAAGUCAUCCUCGUGCUCGUCGAAGGUCGCCCGCGCCUCCUCAACGGUGUCGCCGACGUCGUCCACGCUGUCAUUGACGCGAUGCUGCCGUGCCACAUGGGCGGCCAGGCCAUCGCCGAGAUCAUCCUCGGCCUCACCAACCCCAGCGGCCGUCUCAGCAUGACGUACCCCAAGGACCAGACCAAAGACAACAUGGUGACGCCGUACUUCCAGCGCAAGAACGGCGUGUGCGUGCUCACAGGCGCGGCGUGUCCCGCCGAGUGGGAGUUUGGCACCGGUCUGAGCUACACGACGUUCAGCUACACCAACUUUGCGCUGAGCGGCAACCAGCUCAACACAUCGGCCGAGUCGCUGACGGCGAGCGUCGUCGUGACCAACACGGGCACAAUGGCCGGGAAGGAAGCGGUCUUGCUCUUUCUGAGCCAAGGUGCGCGUACGUCCGGGACGCCCGAGACCAAGAUGCUCAAGAAGUUUACCAAAGUGUCGCUCUCGCCCGGGCAGUCGACGACGGUGACGUUCUCGAUUGGCUUCAACGACUUUGCGAUCUACAGCGGUGGCAUUGGGUCGGGCUUGCUCAAGUCGGCCGAGGCAGGUGCCUACUACGUGGGCGUCAAGCCCGAGACGGUUUGCGAUGCCAAUACGAUUGGACCGCUCUGCCAGUCGUUCAACUACGGUGCGGUGGCGGCCACGAUUCCUCUCUCGCUCUUUGCCAAGACGACCGGCAAGAUCGUGGGCGCGACCGACUGGGACACGUUCAUGUACGCGCCGCCGACGGGUGCGACGCCGGUCAACCAGCAGCUCGACUCCGAGUGA